AUGGCCACCGACACUUCGCCGAGAUUCCAGAAGUCGGACCUUCUCCCCGUACCAGAAAUCGCCGCCGCCGCGGUGGAGACGACGGACUUCACUCCUGCCAGUUCAUGGUCGUCGGCUCGACCGCCGGCAUGGUGGAGCACUUGUGCCACUUUUGCCAGCGAUACUGUGCUUACUCCCAUGGAUAUGGUGAAGCAGAGGCUGCAAUUGGGUAACAUUCCGUACAAAGGCAUGAACGAAGGUCAAACACGAACGAUUCAGCUCUCCGAUGAUUGUUUGCCUCACAUUUUCUCGUAUCACCACCACAUUUUCACCAAGUAUGGUGAGAAUUCAUUCUGGUGGUUCGGGCCAUGGCCGAAGCUGAAUAUAGUUGAUCCGGAGCUAAUAAAGGAAAUUAUGAGCAAACCCGAUUUAUUUCAGAAACCCUUUCCCGAAACGGGUAAGAUCCUAGCUGGCGGACUUGCGUUUUUGGAAGGCGAAAAAUGGGCUAAACAUAGAAAAAUUGUUAAUCCUGCUUUCCAUGUGGACAAGCUCAAGAAUAUGGUACCGUUGAUUGGUUUGAGUUGUUCAAACAUGAUACAAAAAUGGAAAGCCAUAGUUUCAUCUAAUAGUGAAAAGGGUAGUUUGUCGGAAAUUGACGUGUGGCCGUUUCUAGAAGAUUUAACGGGCGACGUAAUUUCACGCACGGCUUUUGGGAGUAGCCACGAAGAAGGAAUGAGGAUAUUUCAACUCACGAGGGAUAAACUUAAGCUCACUAUGCAAAUAUUCCUGCUGUGUAUGAUCCCGGGAUGGAGAUAUCUUCCUACAAAAAUAAAUAGGGAAUUGAAAUCAAUGACCGAAGAGCUCCAAUCUUUACUAAGAGGUAUGAUCGACAAAAGACAGAAAGCGAUGGACAGGGGCGAAACGGUCGACGACUUUUUAGGUAUCUUAAUGGAAUCUAAUUCAAGAUCCAUUCAAGAACAUGGAAACAAGAACUCCGGAAUGAGUAUCGAAGAUGUAAUGGAGGAGUGCAAGCUGUUCUACUUCUCCGGCUCGGAGACGACCUCGAGUUUGCUCGUGUGGACAAUGAUUUUGUUGUGCCAACAUCCUGAGUGGCAAACGCUCCGCUUGGGACUGAGCACGGUCCAGGCCGAAUAUAUCUGCUCUCAAUCUUCUCGGAUAAAUUGGUUCUAUUUGUAUUUCUGCUGUGUUGAGAACCCUCUUCGUAUUUCUGCUCGUUCCCCUUAA